AGAAACGUCAUAGUUCAUGUUCGUGGCUCGUGACAGUCGGUGGCGAUCGCUGGUGGCCGCUUGACAGUUCAAUCCGGAGGAAGAGUAGUGGGGGGAGGUUCGAUCAACCGACCCGCAGCCUCGGCGAAGCGUAAGCUCGGAAACGCAAUAAAGUGUGAUAUACACCCGGGAUAUGGGCGACUCCUUGGACGGCUCCGGGGAACCGUCCCCGGAGUCGCAGAACGUCUCGAUCGUCGAGUUCCCGACGUUCGCCAAUUAUCUGCGCAAAGCCGUCACGGUGCUGCUGCCGGACGAGGAUGCGGUGCCGCCCGCGUUCAACUUCGCCCUGGAGGAGCGCUACAACCAGGACUGCGUGCGCAAGUUUCUCGGCGACUCGCAAGUCAGCUCGCUCUACAUCCAGAGGAGCUCGACCAAAGAAGAAGACAGUGGGGAAGGAGAUGAAGACAAGGAGAAUGCAACUUAUUACCUAUCCAACGAGAUCCACUUUUCAAAUCCGAAGAUGGCCUCCCUGGUUCUGACCAAACGUGGGGUCGUCAUUGAGAGCGACAAGUCCAUUCAUUCCCAAGUCCGUUUGAUUACAUUUUCCGAUGGACCGCCGUACGAGACUCUACACGCGAUCAGCAAGACCAUGGCGCCCUAUUUUAAGAGCUACGUGAAGGAAACCGGUCGCGCCCACCGGGACGGCGACAAGAUGGUACCGUUGGUGGAGAAGAAGAUCGCCGAGCUCGAGAUGGGGCUGCUGCAUCUGCAGCAGAACAUCGAUAUCCCGGAGAUUUCCCUACCGGUGCACCCGAUCGUCGCCCAGGUGAUCAAGCAGUGCGAGGAGGAGGGUCGCAAACCCAAAGUCGCCGACUUCGGGGACAAGGUGGAGGACUCGACGUUCCUCAAUCAAUUGCAGAACGGGGUGAACAGGUGGAUCAAGGAGAUCCAGAAGGUGACGAAGCUGAAUCGCGACCCGGAAUCGGGCACGGCGCUUCAAGAGAUCUCGUUCUGGCUGAACCUCGAGAGAGCGUUGCACCGUAUCCAGGAGAAACGGGAGAGCAUCGAGAUCUCGCUGACCCUUGAUAUACUCAAACACGGCAAGAGAUUCCACGCCACGGUGAGCUUUGACACGGACACCGGUCUGAAACAGGCUCUGGCCACCGUGAACGAUUACAAUCCGCUAAUGAAGGAUUUCCCUAUUAACGAUCUGUUAUCGGCCACGGAGCUGGAGAGGAUCCGCAGCAGCGUGCAACAGAUCUUCAUGCAUCUGCGAAAGAUUCGCAGCACCAAGUAUCCGAUUCAGAGAGUCCUGAGAUUGGUGGAGGCCAUCUCGCGGGAUCUGGGCCAGCAGUUGCUGAAGGUACUGGGUACGCGACGACUGAUGCACAUCCCGUUCGACGAUUUCGAGAAGGUGAUGGCUCAGUGCUUCGAGGUGUUCACCACCUGGGACGACGAGUACGACAAGCUGACAGGUCUGCUGAGGGACGUGGUAAAGAAGAAGCGGGAUGAGCACAUGAAGAUGGUGUGGAGGGUGUUGCCGGCCCACAAGAAACUGCAGUCGCGGAUGGAACACAUGCGCCGGUUCCGCAGGCAGCACGAGCAGCUGAGGACGGUGAUAGUUCGCGUUCUCCGACCUACGGUACGUCAGAGCAGUAACAGUUCCACGCUGGAGAACACCGACAACGACAACGUGAAGGUGGAGUUCGCCCUGGACGCCGCGGACGCGAACGCCAACAGCGAGGUCAACCUGGCGUACGAGAACGUGAAGGAGGUGGACUGUCUGGACAUCACCAAGGAGGGUCAGGAGUCCUGGGACGCCGCUGUGCAUAGAUACGAGGAGCGUAUAGAGCGCGUGGAGGCCAGAAUCACGGCCCAUCUUCGGGAUCAACUGGGGACGGCGAAGAACGCGAACGAGAUGUUCAGGAUAUUCUCCAGGUUCAACGCGCUCUUCGUGCGCCCGCACAUCCGGGGCGCCAUCAGGGAGUAUCAGACGCAGCUUAUACAGAGGGUCAAAGACGACAUCGAGGCGUUGCACGAGAAGUUCAAGGUUCAAUACGCGCAGAGCAAAUGCUGCAGGAUGAGCAUGGUGAGGGACUUGCCGCCUGUUGCAGGAUCAAUAAUAUGGGUCAAGCAAAUUGAUUACCAAUUGACCAUGUAUUUGAAACGCGUCGAGGAUGUUUUAGGUAAAGGAUGGGAGAGUCACAUCGAGGGUCAGAAGCUGAAAGCCGACGGGGAUAGCUUCCGGAUGAAGCUGUCGACGCAAGAGAUCUUCGAUGAUUGGGCUCGUAAGGUGCAGGCACGAAAUCUCGGUGUAACCGGACGUAUCUUCACGAUCGAAAGCGUGCGCUCGAGGACGGGACGCGGGAAUGUGUUGAAGCUGAAAGUGAACUUCCUCCCCGAGAUUAUCACGCUGUCCAAAGAAGUGAGGAACUUGAGGAACCUCGGCUUCCGCGUUCCUCUGCCUAUCGUGAAUAAGGCUCAUCAGGCUAAUCAAUUGUAUCCCUUCGCCAUCAGUCUCAUCGAGAGUAUCAGAACUUACGAGAGAACACUCGAGAAGCUUACCAAUCGGAGUCCCCAUUGUCCCGCACUAAAGAUUGAAGACAAGGCCAGUAUUAUACCUUUGGUUGCUGGGAUGCGUAAAGAUGUUCUGCAAUUGAUCUCUGAGGGUAUCGCUUUGGUUUGGGAGAGCUACAAACUCGAUCAGUACGUGCAGCGUCUGUCUGACGCGGUGGUUUCCUUCCAAGAAAGAGUGGAGGAUCUGCUAGUGGUCGAGGAGCAGCUGGACGUCGACGUGCGCUCCCUGGAAACAUGUCCCUAUUCCGCGAACACGUUCGCCGACAUCCUCUCCAAGAUCCAGAAAUCUGUGGACGAGCUGUCGUUGAAGAACUACUCCAACCUGCACAUCUGGGUGGCGAGGCUCGACGAGGAGGUAGAAAAGAACCUGGCCGCCAGGUUGGAGGCUGGCAUCAAGGCCUGGACCGACGCCCUGACCGGCCACAAGAAGGAGGUGGACCUCAGCAUGGACACGGACGCGCCCGCGCAACCUACUCACAAACCCGGGGGCGACCCAAAGAUUCAGAACCAGAUCCACGAGGUCCGAAUCACCAACCAGACCAUGUACUUGUACCCCAGCAUCGAGGACGCGCGGUUUCAGAUAAUGCAACAACUAUUCGCCUGGCAGGCGAUCGUCACCUCGCAGGUGCGUCUGCAGAGCUCGAGGUACCAAGUGGGUCUGGACAAACCCGAGUCUGGCACCUACAGAAAUUUACUUACCAAGCUAACUUCGGGGAAGCAACCGCUGGAGGCCGCCUACGAGGCGGUGGAGUCGAAGAUGAAGGACGUGGCCGAUUACGUGGACCAGUGGCUGCGUUACCAGGCGCUCUGGGACCUGCAGCCGGGGAAUCUUUACGGGAAACUCGGCGAGAAUAUCAACCUGUGGAUGAAGUGUCUGAACGACAUCAAGAAGACGCGGACCACCUUCGACACCUCGGACACCAGGCGCGAGUUCGGACCUGUCAUCAUAGACUUCGCCAAGGUGCAGAGCAAGGUGUCCUUGAAGUACGACUCCUGGCAUAAGGAAACCCUGGGCAAAUUCGGGACUCUUCUGGGUAACGAGAUGGCGAGCUUCCACUCGCAGGUGUCCAAGUCCAGGAGCGACCUGGAGCAGCAGUCGAUCGAAGCGGCAAGCACCUCCGACGCGGUCGGCUUCAUAACGUAUGUACAAUCCCUGAAACGGAAGAUGAAGGCUUGGGAGAAGCAGGUGGACAUCUACCGCGAGGGCCAGAGGAUCCUGGAGCGUCAGAGGUUCCAGUUCCCGUCGUCCUGGCUGCACGUGGAUAACAUCGAGGGCGAGUGGGGCGCGUUCAACGAGAUCAUCAAGCGCAAGGACACCAGCAUCCAGACCCAGGUCGCGUCCCUGCAGAUGAAGAUCGUCGCCGAGGAUAAGGCGGUCGAGACGAGGACCACGGACUUCCUCAGCGACUGGGAGCGGGGCAAACCGGUGGAGGGUCAUCUGCGACCGGACGACGCUCUGCAGCAGCUGCAGCUGUUCGAGAGUAAGUUCGCCAGGUUGAAGGAGGAGCGGGACAACGUCGCCAAGGCGAAGGAGGCGCUGGAGUUGCAGGAACCAGGUGGAAUAUCCACCAGCGAGGACAGGAUGCAGGUCGUCUUUGAGGAACUGCAGGACCUCCGGGGAGUCUGGUCGGAAUUGUCCAGGAUCUGGGCCCAGAUCGACGAGACCCGCGAGAAACCGUGGCUCUCCGUGCAGCCGCGCAAGCUGCGCCAGCAAUUGGACACGAUGAUGGCGCAGUUGAAGGAACUCCCCGCGAGAUUGCGGCAGUACUCGUCGUACGAGUACGUGAAGAAGAUGCUGCAGAGCUACACGAAGGUGAACAUGCUGAUCGUGGAGCUCAAGUCCGACGCGCUGAAGGAGAGACACUGGAAGCAGCUGACGAAGCAGCUCAGGGUCAACUGGGUGCUGAGCGAGCUGACCCUGGGCCAGGUCUGGGACGUGAAUCUGCAGAAAAACGAGGGUAUAGUCAAGGACAUCAUCCUCGUGGCUCAGGGCGAGAUGGCCCUCGAGGAGUUCCUGAAACAGGUGCGCGAGUCCUGGCAGACGUACGAGCUGGACCUGAUCAAUUAUCAAAACAAAUGCAGACUGAUACGCGGCUGGGACGACUUGUUCAACAAGGUGAAGGAGCACAUCAACUCGGUGGCGGCGAUGAAGCUGUCGCCGUAUUACAAGGUCUUCGAGGAGGAAGCUCUGACCUGGGAGGAGAAACUUAACAGAAUCAACGCCCUCUUCGACGUCUGGAUAGACGUUCAACGACGAUGGGUCUACCUCGAAGGCAUCUUUUCAGGUAGCGCGGAUAUUAAGACCCUGUUGCCCGUGGAGACGUCGCGUUUCCAAAGCAUCAGCUCCGAGUUCCUGGGACUGAUGAAAAAGGUGUCCAAGUCCCCGAUGGUCACCGAUGUCCUGAACAUCCCCGGGGUUCAGAGAGCCCUGGAACGGCUGGCCGAUCUUCUGGGUAAGAUCCAGAAGGCGCUGGGCGAGUACCUGGAGAGAGAGCGCACGUCCUUCCCGCGCUUCUACUUCGUCGGCGACGAGGAUCUCCUGGAGAUCAUCGGUAACAGCAAGAACAUCGCGAGGCUGCAGAAGCACUUCAAGAAGAUGUUCGCCGGCGUGGCCGCGAUUCUGCUGAACGACGACAACACGAUCAUCACCGGCAUUGCGUCGCGCGAGGGCGAGGAGGUCAUAUUCCAGAACCCGGUGUCGACCGUCGAUUAUCCGAAGAUCAACGAGUGGCUGUCCCUGGUCGAGAAGGAGAUGCGGGUGACGCUGGCGUCGAGUCUGGCGAAGGCGGUCCAGGACAUCAAGCAGUUCAAGGACGGGAACAUCAAUCCCCAGGCGUUCAUGACCUGGUGCGAUAACUACCAGGCGCAGAUCAUCGUUCUGGCCGCGCAGAUCCUCUGGUCCGAGGACGUCGAGGCGGCGCUGCACGAGGCGCAAGCGGACCCGAGCAAGAAUUCGCUGGAGCGGGUCCUCAUCCAGGUGGAGGGCACCCUGAACGUGCUCGCCGAUUCGGUUCUCCAGGAGCAGCCGGCUCUGAGGAGGAAGAAACUCGAGCAUCUGAUCAACGAAUUCGUGCACAAGCGCACUGUCACCAGACGCCUGAUUGCCAACAAGGUCUCCAACCCGAAGGCCUUCGAGUGGCUGUGCGAGAUGAGGUUCUACUUUGACCCGAGACAGACGGAGGUGCUGCAGCAGCUCACGAUUCACAUGGCCAACGCCAAGUUCUCCUACGGCUUUGAGUACCUGGGCGUGCAGGACCGGCUGGUGCAGACUCCGUUGACCGACAGGUGUUACCUGACGAUGACCCAAGCGUUGGAGGCUCGACUAGGUGGCUCGCCCUUCGGCCCGGCUGGCACCGGGAAGACCGAAUCCGUGAAAGCGUUGGGUCAUCAGCUGGGAAGAUUUGUUCUGGUGUUCAAUUGCGACGAGACAUUCGAUUUCCAGGCCAUGGGUCGUAUAUUUGUCGGUCUCUGUCAAGUGGGCGCCUGGGGCUGCUUCGAUGAAUUUAAUCGGUUGGAGGAGCGAAUGCUGUCGGCUGUCUCUCAACAGGUGCAAACGAUUCAGGAGGCCCUGAAGAGCCAGAUGGAAGGCAAGAAGGAGGGAACUCUUUGCGUCGAACUGGUUGGAAAGCAGGUCAAGGUCUCGACCGACAUGGCUAUAUUCAUCACCAUGAAUCCAGGGUACGCCGGACGUUCUAAUCUACCUGACAACCUGAAGAAGCUCUUCAGGUCCCUCGCCAUGACCACGCCCGAUCGCCAACUGAUCGCUGAAGUGAUGCUCUUCAGCCAGGGCUUCCGCACCGCGGAGAAACUGGCCUGUAAAAUUGUGCCGUUCUUCAAGCUCUGCGACGAGCAACUUUCCAAUCAGUCUCAUUACGACUUCGGACUGCGCGCUCUGAAAUCGGUGCUGAUCUCCGCCGGAAACGUGAAGCGCGAUCGUAUACAGAAGAUCAAGGAAGGCAUGCAGAGUCGCGGGGAGACCAACAUUGACGAGGCCUCGAUCGCCGAGAAUCUGCCGGAGCAGGAAAUACUCAUUCAAUCCGUAUGCGAGACGAUGGUACCCAAGUUGGUUGCUGAAGACAUCCCGUUGCUCUUUAGCUUGCUCAGCGACGUGUUCCCUAACGUGAAUUACACGCGCGCGGAGAUGAAGGGAUUGAAGGACCAAAUCAGAAAAGUAUGCGCCGAGGAAUACCUGGUAUGCGGCGAAGGGGACGAGCAGGGUGGCGCUUGGCAAGAGAAGGAAACAGUUGGUGAGACGUGGGUGGAAAAGGUGCUGCAAUUAUAUCAAAUUUGCAAUUUGAACCACGGCUUGAUGAUGGUCGGGCCAAGCGGAUCCGGCAAAACCAUGGCUUGGAAGGUGCUGCUGAAGGCGUUGGAGCGCUUCGAGGGCGUAGAAGGCGUCGCCCACGUGAUCGACCCGAAGGCGAUCAGCAAGGAGACCCUGUACGGCGUGCUGGAUCCGAAUACGCGCGAGUGGACGGACGGUCUGUUCACCCACAUCCUGAGGAAGAUCAUCGACAACGUGAGGGGCGAGAUCAACAAGCGUCAGUGGAUCAUAUUCGACGGGGACGUCGACCCGGAGUGGGUGGAGAACUUGAACUCGGUCCUGGACGACAAUAAACUCCUGACUCUGCCCAACGGCGAGCGUCUGAGUCUCCCGCCGAACGUGAGGGUGAUGUUCGAGGUCCAGGACCUCAAGUACGCCACCCUGGCCACCGUUUCCCGUUGCGGUAUGGUCUGGUUCUCGGAGGACGUCCUGUCCACGGAGAUGAUAUUCGAGAACUACAUGCUACGUCUGCGAAACAUCCCGCUGGAGGACGGCGAGGAAGACAAUCUCGGUAAGAAGGCCACCGAGAAGGAGGACACUCUGUCGCCGGCGUUGACGGUGCAGCGGGAAGUCGCCAGCAUCAUGCAGAGCUAUUUCGCGCCGGACGGUCUGGUGGUCCGGUGUCUAGAGUACGCGAUGCGGCAGGAGCACAUAAUGGACUUUACGCGACUGCGCGCUCUCAGUUCCCUCUUCUCCAUGCUGAAUCAAGCCGUGCGCAAUGUACUCCAGUACAAUCACUCGCACACGGACUUUCCCCUGCCGAGCGAGCAAUUGGAGCGUUACAUGCCCAAGUGCUUGGUUUACGCGCUCCUCUGGAGCUUCGCCGGAGACGCCAAGCUGAAGGUCAGAUCCGACCUGGGUGACUUUAUCCGAUCGAUUACCACUGUACCUCUACCCUCGCAGAAUAACAUACCGAUUAUAGACUUCGAGGUGAACAUACACGGCGAAUGGUUGCCUUGGAGCAACAAAGUUCCUCAGAUCGAGGUGGAGACUCACAAAGUCGCCAGCCCGGACAUCGUUGUGCCUACCUUGGACACCGUGAGACACGAGAGUUUACUGUACACCUGGUUGGCUGAGCACAAGCCGCUGGUGCUCUGCGGACCGCCCGGCUCCGGUAAAACCAUGACGCUUUUCUCGGCUUUGCGAGCCCUACCGGAUAUGGAGGUUGUCGGGCUCAAUUUCUCGUCCGCCACGACCCCCGAGCUGUUGCUGAAGACAUUCGAUCACUACUGCGAGUAUCGCAAGACGCCCAACGGCGUCGUGCUGUCCCCGGUGCAGCUGGGCAAGUGGCUGGUCCUCUUCUGCGACGAGAUCAAUUUACCCGACAUGGACAAUUAUGGGACGCAGCGCGUCAUCUCUUUCCUGCGGCAAUUGGUAGAGCACCAGGGCUUCUACAGGACCAGCGAUCAGGCCUGGGUCACCCUGGAGAGGAUUCAAUUCGUGGGCGCCUGUAAUCCGCCCACGGAUCCUGGCAGAAAGCCUCUCAGUCACAGAUUCCUACGACACGUGCCCGUCAUCUACGUUGAUUAUCCCGGAGAAACUUCCCUGAAGCAGAUUUACGGCACAUUCACGCGCGCCAUGCUCAGAUUAACCCCGAAUCUAAGAGGUUACGCGGAAGCCCUGACGAACGCGAUGGUGGAGUUCUACCUGGCUUCCCAGGAGAAGUUCACCCAGGACAUGCAACCGCACUACGUGUAUUCGCCGCGAGAGAUGACCCGCUGGGUGCGCGGCAUCUGCGAGGCCAUCAGACCCUUGGACAACCUCUCCGUGGAAGGCCUGGUGCGUCUGUGGGCCCACGAGGCGCUCCGUCUGUUCCAGGACAGACUGGUGGAGGAGUCCGAGAGGGCUUGGACGAACAAGAACAUCGACACCGUGGCUUUGAAGCACUUCAUGUCGGUCGACCGCGAGAGAGCGCUAGCUAGACCCAUCUUGUACAGCAACUGGCUGUCCAAGGACUACGUGCCAGUGAACCGGGAGGAGCUGAGGGAUUACGUUCGGGCGAGGCUGAAGGUGUUCUACGAGGAGGAGCUGGACGUGCCGCUGGUGCUCUUCGACGAGGUUCUCGAGCACGUUCUCCGGAUUGACAGAAUCUUCCGACAGCCCCAGGGACACCUGCUGCUCAUUGGUGUCUCUGGCGCUGGAAAGACGACUCUGUCGCGAUUUGUCGCGUGGAUGAACGGCCUGUCUAUUUUCCAAAUUAAGGUGCACAACAAAUACACGGGUGAAGAUUUCGACGAGGACCUGCGCCAAGUACUGAGGAGAUCCGGCUGCAAGGACGAGAAGAUAGCUUUCAUCCUCGACGAGUCCAACGUGCUGGACUCCGGCUUCCUCGAGCGGAUGAACACGUUGCUCGCGAACGGGGAAGUGCCCGGACUCUUCGAAGGCGACGAAUACACGACACUGAUGACGCAGUGCAAGGAAGGUGCUCAGCGGGAGGGUCUGAUGCUGGACUCCAACGAAGAGCUGUACAAGUGGUUCACCGGCCAGGUGAUGAAGAACCUGCACGUGGUGUUCACGAUGAAUCCGAGCACGGACGGCCUGAAGGAUCGCGCAGCGACGUCGCCCGCGUUGUUCAACAGAUGCGUCCUGAAUUGGUUCGGCGACUGGUCGGACAACGCGCUGUUCCAGGUCGGCAAGGAGUUCACGAACCGGGUCGACCUGGAGAGACCCACGUGGAAGAUCCCGGAUUUCUUCCCGUCUGUCUGCUCCCUGAUCCCGUCGCAACCGACGCACCGGGACGCCGUCAUAAACGCGUGCGUCUACGUUCAUCAGACUCUGCACAAGGCGAACGCCAGGCUGGCCAAGAGGGGCGCCCGCACCAUGGCGAUCACGCCGCGACACUACUUGGAUUUCAUCAAUCACUUCGUCAAGCUGUACCAGGAGAAGAGGAGCGAUCUGGAGGAGCAACAGCUGCACUUGAACGUCGGCUUGAGCAAAAUUGCUGAAACGGUGGAGCAAGUGGAGGAGAUGCAGAAGAGUUUGGCUGUCAAAUCUCAGGAACUUCAAGCGAAGAACGAAGCUGCGAAUGCGAAGUUGAGGCAGAUGGUGAAGGAUCAGCAGGAAGCGGAGAAGAAGAAGGUGCAGAGUCAAGAGAUCCAGCAGCAGUUGGCUAUUCAAACGGUCGCCAUCAACCAGAAGAGAGAUGACGUCAUGGCGGAUCUUGCUCUUGUCGAACCAGCCGUCAUUGAUGCUCAAACUGCCGUGAAAUCGAUAAAGAAACAGCAUUUAGUCGAAGUACGCUCCAUGGCGAAUCCGCCGGCGAUCGUGAAGGUCGCGUUGGAGUCUAUCUGCUUGUUGCUCGGCGAGAACGCCAGCGACUGGAAAUCUAUCCGCGCUGUCAUCAUGAGGGACAAUUUUAUCAAUACCAUUGUCUCUAAUUUCAGUACCGAGGACAUUACUGACGAGGUGAGGGAAAAAAUGAAGAGCCGGUAUCUGAGCAAUCCCGACUACAACUUUGAAAAGGUGAAUCGCGCCAGUUUGGCUUGCGGUCCUAUGGUGAAAUGGGCCAUAGCGCAGAUCGAGUACGCUGACAUGUUGAAGCGAGUCGAGCCGCUACGCGACGAGCUUCAUUCUCUGGAACGUCAGGCGGAGACUAACAAACUGAAAGGCGAGGAGGUGAAGAACCUGAUCGCUCAGCUGGAGCUGAGCAUAGCCUCGUACAAGGAGGAGUACGCCCAGCUUAUCUCGCAGGCACAGGCCAUCAAGGCCGAUCUCGAGAGCGUGCAAGCCAAGGUGGACAGAUCGAUCGCUCUGUUGAAGUCCCUGGUCAUAGAGAGGGAAAGAUGGGAAGCGACGAGCGAAACGUUCAAGAGCCAGAUGUCCACGAUAAUCGGGGACGUUCUCUUGUCGUCCGCCUUCUUGGCUUACGCCGGCUAUUUCGAUCAACAUUAUCGUCAAAACCUGUUCACCACGUGGUGCCAGCAUCUGCACCACGCGAAUCUGCAAUUCAGGCCGGACAUCGCCCGCACGGAGUACCUGUCGAAUCCGGACGAGCGUCUGAGGUGGCAAGCGAACGCGUUGCCGACCGAUGACCUGUGCACCGAGAACGCGAUCAUGCUGAAGCGCUUCAACAGAUACCCGUUGAUCAUCGAUCCGUCCGGCCAGGCGACGGAGUUCAUAAUGAACGAGUUCAAAGACCGGAAGAUCACCAAGACCAGUUUCCUGGACGACUCGUUCCGGAAGAAUCUGGAGAGCGCCCUGCGUUUCGGUAAUCCAUUGUUGGUCCAGGACGUCGAGAAUUACGAUCCUAUAUUGAAUCCGGUGUUGAACCGGGAAUUAAGACGUACCGGCGGACGCGUCCUGAUCACGCUCGGCGAUCAAGACAUAGAUCUGUCGCCGUCCUUCGUUAUCUUCCUGUCGACGAGAGAUCCGACGGUGGAAUUCCCGCCCGACAUCUGCUCCAGAGUGACUUUUGUCAACUUCACUGUGACCAGAAGCUCCCUGCAAAGCCAGUGCUUGAAUCAGGUGCUGAAGGCCGAACGUCCGGACAUCGACGAGAAGAGGUCCGACCUGUUGAAGCUGCAGGGAGAGUUUCACCUGCGGCUGCGGCAGCUGGAGAAGUCUCUGCUGCAGGCGUUGAACGACGCCAAGGGUAAGAUCCUGGACGACGAUUCCGUUAUCACGACCUUGGAGACGCUGAAGCAGGAGGCCGCCGAUAUCAGCAAGAAGGUGGAGGAGACGGACAAGGUCAUAGCGGAGAUCGAGACGGUCUCUCAGCAGUACAUGCCUCUGUCUCAGGCCUGCUCGAACAUGUACUUCACGAUGGACAGCCUGAAUCAAGUACACUUCCUGUAUCAAUACUCCUUGAAAAUGUUCCUGGACAUCUUCACGUCCGUGUUACUACAAAAUCCCAACUUGUCCGGCGUGUCCGAUUACGGUCAACGGCUCACCCUGAUCACGCGCGACCUCUUCACCGUGUGUUACGAAAGAGUGGCCCGCGGAAUGCUGCACACGGACAGACUGACGUUCGCGCUCCUGCUCUGCCGCAUCCACCUUAAGGGCAUCCCCACGGAGUCCAUGUACGACGGUGAGUUCACCUUCUUCCUGCGCGGCAAGGAGGGCGUGCUGAACAUCCGGGCCCCACCGGUAUCGAAUCUCAGUUCCGAGCAGCAGGAAGCCAUGAUGCGCCUGGGCAUAAGACUGCCGGCCUUCAAGAGACUCGCGGACAAGAUUCAGGAGAACGCGGACUCGUUCGCCGCGUGGCUGCAGUCCCCCACACCGGAGACUUGCGUGCCCAAACUCUGGGACGAGGAGAAGCCGCUGUCGCCCACCGGGAUAGCGAUGCACCAGCUGCUGAUAAUACAGGCCUUCCGGCCGGAUCGCGUGAUCGCGGCCGCGUCCCUGGUCGUGGCCUCUGCUUUCGGGGACUCCUUCAUGCCCGCGGCGGAGGCCGAGCUCGACUUCGCGUCCGUCGUGGAGAACCAGUUGAAGGCCACCGUGCCGGCUCUGCUGUGCUCGGUGCCCGGGUUUGACGCCUCGGGCCGAGUGGACGACCUGGCCGCUGAACUGGGCAAACAAAUAGCCAGCAUCGCUAUAGGAUCCGCCGAGGGAUUCAAUCAGGCGGACCGGGCGAUAAACAUGGCCGUGAAAGCCGGCAGGUGGGUGUUGCUGAAGAACGUGCACCUGGCCCCGCAGUGGUUAGUGCAGCUGGAGAAGAAGCUGCACAGUCUGCAGCCGCACGCUAGCUUCCGCUUGUUCCUCACUAUGGAGAUCAAUCCGAAGGUACCGGUGAAUCUACUGAGAGCCGGCAGGAUCUUCGUGUUCGAGCCACCGCCCGGGAUACGUGCGAACCUGCUGCGGACCUUCAGCACCGUCCCGGCUUCCCGGAUGAUGCGGGCGCCGAAUGAGCGAGCUCGUCUCUACUUCCUGCUUGCUUGGUUCCACGCGAUCGUCCAGGAGCGGCUGCGUUACGCUCCCCUGGGCUGGGCCAAGCACUACGAGUUCAACGAGAGCGACCUGAGGGUCGCCUGCGACACCCUGGACACGUGGAUCGAGGCCACGGCGAUGGGCAGGACGAAUCUACCGCCCGAGAAGGUGCCCUGGGACGCCCUGGUGACCCUUCUCUCGCAGUGCAUUUACGGCGGCAAGAUCGAUAACGACUUUGAUCAGCGUCUGCUGGCUUCGUUCUUGCGCAAGCUCUUUACUCCGCGCUCGUUCGAGGCCGACUUCGCCCUCGUCGCGAAUAUAGACGGGGCGCAGAGCAAUCAGAGACACAUCACGAUGCCGGACGGCACUAGGCGCGACCACUUUCUGAAGUGGAUCGAGUCCCUCUCGGACAGGCAGACACCCUCCUGGCUUGGGCUGCCGAAUAACGCAGAGAAGGUGCUCCUGACCACGAGAGGCACCGAUCUAGUCUCCAAACUGCUCAAGAUGCAACAGCUGGAGGACGAGGACGAGCUGGCGUACUCGAACGAGGAGUCCUUGGUCACACCGAGGGAAGCCGAGGCCGACGGCCGGCCGUCCUGGAUGAGGACCUUGCACAACUCGGCCUCCACCUGGUUACAACUGCUACCAAAGAACCUGCUGAUCUUGAAGAGAACGGUCGAGAAUAUCAAGGAUCCGUUGUACAGAUACUUCGAGAGGGAAGUCAACAGCGGGGCGAAAUUACUUCAAGAUGUUAUCCACGAUUUGGAGGAUGUCGUAUUGAUCUGUCAAGGCGAGAAGAAGCAAACCAAUUAUCACAGAACGAUGCUAUCUGAAUUGGUGAAGGGUAUUUUACCUGGAGGUUGGAGGAGAUAUACCGUGCCAAGAGGCUGUACGGUUAUACAGUGGAUCACCGAUUUUAGUCAUAGAGUCUCCCAGUUGCAGGAAGUCUCGCGUUUAGUCUCUCAGGGCGGAGCGAAAGAGAUAAAGAGUUUCCCAGUCUGGCUCGGAGGCUUGUUGAAUCCCGAGGCUUAUAUCACCGCGACCAGGCAGUGCAUCGCUCAGGCGAACAGCUGGUCCCUCGAGGAACUGCAACUGAACGUGACCAUCGGCGACGGCGACAACAUUGCUACGGACGAUUGCUCGUUCGCGGUGACCGGGCUGAAGCUGCAGGGCGCGCAGUGCAAGGAUAAUCAGUUGUACUUGACCUCGACCAUCAUGACCGACCUGCCGGUGACGAUGUUGAGGUGGGUGCGAUCGUCCACGGAGGAGAUCCGGCGGGGCAAGCUGUCCCUGCCGGUUUAUCUGAACAGCACCCGCACCGAGCUCCUGUUCACCGUCGAUUUGAAUAUCGCUCCUAGUCAAGAACCGCACAGUUUUUACGAGAGGGGAGUCGCCGUCUUGACAUCCACCGCUUUGAAUUAAUGUAUUAAUUAACAAGACAGCGUUUAGCGCGAAUUGUUUACCGCUAUAUUAUGUAACUCACUAUAUAUUAUGCAGGAACAAUUGUAAAACGUCGCCACGCAUGUUACAGGAUGUAAGUUUGUAAAGAAAACGCGGGCACAGAUAGUAACAUGCUGCUACAAGAGUCUAAAAGAAGAGGAAAUAAGCAUUGAAAAAAAUCUAUACAUAUUUUACACGAUUGCUUUCAACUUUUUAAGGGACUUUUCUGCUGAAUGUAUUUAAUUAUAGAAACAGAAAUUAUGUUCGCCGCGGUAUAAUUAAAUGUACAUCAUAUUCUCGUUUAAUAGAAUAAUUAAUAGCUUCAUGAGAAGGAGGUUGUAAUAUAUAUCUAUAUAGUUUAUUUUAAUUUUUAUAUACGUUCAGAGACUUCCCCUUCUCUCAAAGUACGAUAUUAUGAAUAUCGAUGAUAACUAUGAAUAUAUAUAUAAAUAUAUAUAUAUAUAUAUAUAUAUAUAUAUAUAUCGAGAUAUUAUUAUAGUGUUUAUAUAACACAGAAUCUUAACUGGCAUCUAAUAAAGUCAUACUGUAACUAUACUAUU